CUCAAACCCACUUUCUUCCGCUCUCCUCCUUCUCGACUCUCUCUUCCCUCCCCCAGCUUUUCCCUCCACGUCCUUAUCCAAUUGACCGUUUUUGGUCUCUUUUUCUUUCUUCUCGUCCCUUACCUUGCUCCUACCUCCCUUUUCCUCCGCUACUCCUUCCCCCGUUCCUCACUGUUUCACCACCACUCGCCGGGUGUCACCCCCACCUCCCGCCACCAUGGACGGAAUCAAGAAUGCAUUUGCCAGAGCCAAGCAGGAGAAGCGCGCCGCUCUGGUCGCCUACUUCACUGCAGGAUAUCCCACUGUUGAGGAGACCGUAGAUGUUCUGAUGGGCUUGGAAAAUGGUGGUGCUGACAUUAUUGAAAUGGGUGUCCCUUUCACCGACCCCAUCGCAGAUGGACCUACUAUCCAGAAGGCCAACACCCAGGCUUUGGCCAAUGGUGUGACAAUCCCCCUUGUCCUGGACCAGGUCCGCACCGCCAGAAGCCGCGGUCUGAGAGCACCCGUUCUUCUGAUGGGCUACUACAACCCUCUGAUGCAGUAUGGUGAAGAGCUCAUGCUCCAACACUGCAAGGACGCCGGUGUCAAUGGUUUCAUCAUGGUCGAUCUCCCCCCGGAGGAGGCUGUUCGCUUCAGAGAUCUUUGCGCCAGCGCCGGUCUCUCUUACGUCCCCCUCAUUGCCCCCGCCACCUCCGAGUCCCGUAUGAAGCUUCUCUGCAAGAUCGCCGAUUCCUUUAUCUAUGUCGUCUCCAGAAUGGGUGUCACCGGUGCUACCGGAAAGCUCAGCUCGAACUUGCCCGAUCUCUUGUCUCGCGUUCACACCUGGUCCGGAAACGUGCCUACGGCGCUGGGAUUUGGUGUUAGCACCCGCGAGCACUUCCUGUCCGUGCAGAACAUCUCCGAGGGUGUCGUUAUUGGUAGCCAGAUCAUCACCGUCUUGGGUGACGCCCCUGCCGGCCAGGCGGCUAAGCAUGCCCAGGACUACCUCUCCAGCGUGACCGGUCGUCGCCUGGAGAGAGAUGCUCAGGGCAAGGUGACUGGCUCCGUCAACGUGCUUGACCCCGUCCUGAAGGAGGCUCCCCCUGCCCUCUCUCAGCCCACCGAUGUCAUUACCAACGACUACACCCCGGCUGGUCCGGGCCUGGUCGACCAGAUUGAAGCUCUGAACGGCUCUGGCGACCCUGCUCUUAUUCCCUCCCGUUUCGGUGAGUUCGGUGGCCAGUACGUGCCCGAGUCCCUCAUGGAUUGCUUGGCCGAACUCGAGCGCGGGUUCGAUCAGGCGCGCAACGACCCUAAGUUCUGGGAGGAAUACCGCUCCUACUACCCCUACAUGGGCCGCCCCAGCAGCCUCCAUCUCGCUGACCGCUUGACGGAGCAUGUCGGUGGUGCCAAUAUCUGGUUGAAGCGUGAGGAUCUUAACCACACCGGAAGUCACAAGAUCAACAAUGCUCUCGGUCAGAUCCUGCUUGCCCGCCGUCUGGGCAAGAAGAGAAUCAUUGCCGAAACUGGUGCUGGCCAGCACGGUGUCGCCACGGCCACCGUUUGCGCCAAGUUCGGCAUGGAGUGUGUCGUGUACAUGGGUGCCGAGGAUGUCCGUCGUCAGGCCCUCAACGUCUUCCGUAUGAGACUUUUGGGUGCUUCCGUCGUUGCCGUCGACGCCGGCAGCCGCACCCUUCGUGAUGCUGUCAACGAGGCUCUCCGCGCCUGGGUUGUCCACCUCGACACCACCCACUACAUCAUCGGUUCCGCCAUCGGCCCUCACCCCUUCCCUACCAUCGUGCGUACCUUCCAGUCUGUCAUCGGUGACGAAACCAAGGAACAGAUGAAGGCUCUCAUCGGCAAGCUGCCCGAUGCUGUCGUCGCUUGCGUUGGUGGCGGCAGUAACGCCGUGGGUAUGUUCUACCCCUUCUCGAACGACCCCAGCGUCAAGCUCCUGGGUGUCGAAGCCGGUGGUGACGGUGUCGACACCGAUCGCCACUCCGCCACCCUCUCCGGCGGCAGCAAGGGUGUCUUCCACGGUGUCCGCACCUACGUCCUCCAGGACAAGCACGGCCAGAUCUCCGAGACCCACUCCAUUUCCGCCGGUCUCGACUACCCCGGUGUCGGCCCCGAGCUCUCCAACUGGAAGGACAGCGACCGCGCCAAGUUCAUUGCCGCCACUGAUGCCGAAGCCCUCACUGGCUUCCGUGCCCUCGCUCAAACCGAGGGUAUCAUCCCCGCUUUGGAGUCCUCCCACGCCGUCUUCGGCGCCAUGGAGCUCGCCAAGUCCAUGAAGACGGGCGACAUCGUCCUUAACCUCAGUGGAAGAGGUGACAAGGAUGUCCAGAGCGUGGCUGAUGAGCUGCCUCGUCUGGGUCCUAAGAUCGGCUGGGACCUGCGCUUCUAAAUCACCACCUUUCCUUCCUCCUCAUCCUUUGUCCUCCAUCAUACCUCUUGACAUCUACUGCCACCUACUUUCUUCCUUUUCAUUUGAAUUUCCUGUAGAUUUUUCCGUUUAGACUCUCUACAACCCCCUCGCAUUUUCCGCUUAACGAUAUCAGAGCGAUGAAGGAAUCCUGCAACCAAAAAGUGACAAGCAAAAGUUUUAAUGAAAGAAGGGAAAAAGAAAAGUCUUUUCGGUCUCAAGUUUCAUCAUUUUUUAUCCUUAUCUUUGAACUACUACCCACUUUGACUUGUGAGUCGAGUUGAGAUUUUUCGGUUCUGAUCGUUUUCGGUUUUACUCUUUUUGGCUUAUUCUAGAGAGAGAGAGAGAGAGAGAGAGAGAGUUUUAGUACAUAUACCAGUAUCGAAUGCCAUUGGGGUUCUUCUUUAA